CUCUGAUUCCCAGGGCCUCAGCCUGUGUGCUGUUUCUAGAGUGAGAUGCGUGGAGCGCUGCUCAGGUGAGGUGAUAAAGCCUGGCUGCACAGAAGCCGAGUGGAACCGAACACUGUAAAACAAUGCCAAGAGCAAAGGAAAGAAAACAAAAACCCAAAGGGGCUCCCCCAUCGGUGGUUCCUGUUCUUCAGAAGUUCCUGAAGACCUAUCAGAAGUACUGUGUACAGUCUCGGACGUCCCCGUGUCCCACCAUCCAAAGGGACCUUAGGAGCAGCAUUGACAGAGAGCAGAUCCUCAGGAAGUUUAUGCUUGUAAGAGCUGGUGACGCCACCGCAAGCCGCCCGCCUAUUUCCUUGGAGCCUUUGCUCAGGGCCAUUCGAGAUGAGAGCUACAUGAUGGGGAAAGAGAUCUGCGUCUGGGGCCUCCAGCUGACCAACCCCGAGAUCGCCAGGCUCGCCUUGUUUCUGGAGUCGAAGGGACACACCACUUGCCCGGUUACCACCCUGGAGAUCAUUAAUUGCAAGAUGGACCUGUGGUCUCUGGGACGACUUGGGAAAGCUUUACAGUUCAGCAGUUUGCAUUUGCUGGUCCUUGAUUACUGCAAGUUUGGAAAUGAAGAACUUGAGAGUAUCUUCUCGGGCCUGGAGACCAACCAAAGGCUCCAAGGCCUCAGUCUGCGCUACUGUGGCCUGGGGCCUCAGAGUGGCCCGAGGCUGGGCUCUGUCAUCAGCCAGAGUGCCAUCUGUGAGCUGUACCUGGAUGGAAAUUAUUUGCAGUGUUCUGGGACUCUGGCCCUCCUCAGACCCAUAGCAGAAUAUGCAGAGAUGCAGGGGAAGGACCGGCCCACCUCAGCAUCACCACACGCUGGAAAUCCCCCUCUGCUUCCCCAAGUGUGCCGGGGAGGAAGCUCAACUCUGAGCCAGAUUACGAAAUCUUCUGAAGCUGUAACAGAGAAAAGGACCUCACAGAGGAAAAGGGGGAAGAGAGGAACCAGGAAAAAGGCUAACCAAUUGAUGGAAGCCGGCCCUUGGGUAGUGACGCUGCAUUUGGCCGAUAACAGCAUUGAUGGGACAGGAAAAGAGGGGGAGCAAUUGCUGGAACUCACUCGAACCCUAACCUGCCUGAUCAAAUAUUCUGCUCACUUGAGGGAAAUUGACCUUGGAAACAACGUCCUGGGAGAAACGGCUGCAGUUGCCAUCCUAGAUGCGCUGAGAGCCAGGAAGGCAGGUAAACUACCACCCUUAAAAGUCACGGUCACUCCCCGGAUCUCUUCGGACACCUUCACAUCUAUUUGGAAACAUAGCAAGAAAUCUAAUAAAACCAGUAAAAAGAAGAAAAAGGCAAAAAACUGAAUACAGAUGCUGUAUUUGCAAAUGGAUGUCACCUAUCUCCAUGGCCAGACAGACCCAUCCAGGAAGACACUGCUCAUCAUGCACAAAUAUUUUUCAUUGCCAUCAAUCCCCUUUCAGGUUCUAAAAUUGAUUAAGACCACUUAGCAGGGCCUAUCCUGUCCCACAAAUCAGUUUCUUUUUUUCUUUUCUUUUGUUUAAAUUUUUUAGAGACAAACAGUUCAGCUCUGGCUAUGCUGGAACUAGCUCUGUAGCCCAGGCUGGCCUUGAAAUCACAAGGAUC